GCGGCUCUUCCACUCUGGCUCGGACCAAUCGCGGCCCCUCGAACGUGUCCAGGUUGGCGGCGGGCUGCGCGGCCCGGGCCUGGAUGCGCCGAGCCGCGGCGCGCGCGGGGGAGGGCGCCCGGGACCGUGGCAGCGUCGGCAGGAGGACGCGUGGGGCACAGGGCGGGAGGCGGCGGCAGGCGCGCGGAGGUCUGAAGGUGCCCUGCAGACGCGGCCCCGAUGACCGAACUACAGCAAGAUGUGGAAGACACAAAGCCUGCCAAAGUGCUCGGGAAGAGAGAGGGCAAAGUUGGCUCAGCCCACUCAGAGGCUGAGAAUGGUGUGGAGGAGAAAAAGAAGGCCUGCAGGUCGCCAACAGCCCAGUCUCCAACCCCAUCCAGUGAGGCUGAGUCCCCAGACCAGAAGAGAAUCAUCUGCCUGCGGUCAAAAUCCAGUUUUGAUGGUGCCUCUUUAGGAAGUGAUAAGAACGACUCCAAAACAGAAAGCAAAAAUGACUCUAAGACUGAAAGGAAAAAGUCUUCAUCUUCCAGCCAGUACAAGGCAAAUAUGCACUUUCACAAGUUGUUUAUUGACGUCCCAACUGAGGAACCACUGAGGCAAAGUUUCACCUGUGCUCUACAGAAAGAAAUAUUAUACCAAGGGAAGCUCUUUGUAUCAGAAAACUGGAUUUGUUUUCAUUCCAAGGUCUUUGGAAAAGAUACUAAGAUCUCGAUUCCGGCUUUCUCGGUAACCCUCAUAAAGAAAACCAAAACCGCCCUUCUUGUGCCAAAUGCCCUGAUUAUAGCGACAGUCACAGACAGGUACAUAUUUGUCUCCUUACUCUCCAGAGAUUCAACUUACAAACUACUGAAAUCUGUGUGUGGACACUUAGAAAACACAAGCAUUGGUAACAGUCCCAACCCAUCUUCUCUUGAAAACAGUUUCGGGGCAGACCGCCCUUCAUCUCUGCCUUUGGAUUUCAAUGAUGAGUUCUCAGAUCUGGAUGGAGUGGUUCAGCAAAGAAGGCAAGACAUGGAAGGAUACAGCAGUUCUGGUUCUCAGACUCCUGAAUCCGAGAACUCUAGAGACUUCCAUGUGACAGAAUCUCAGACAGUUCUGAAUGUCUCCAAGGGAGAAACAACACCAACUAGGGUAGAUGCCCAUGUAAACAGAGUGCCUGAAGGAAAAGCCAAGAGUCCCCCUACACACGGUCAGUCAGAAACCAUUGAGAUCUUAAACAAAGACAAGUCUCAGAAAUGUCCAACUCUCCACCAUAUUCUAAUAUUCUAUGCAAUUGUUGUCUGUGCCCUCAUCAUCUCAACCUUCUACAUGAGAUACAGAAUUAAUACUCUGGAGGAGCGGCUGGGGUCACUAACCUCCACUGUGGACACCCAUCAUACUGAACAGACAGCACCAUCCAGCCUGGGGUCACAAGUACAAUUAAAUGUCGAAGUCCUCUGCCGAGAGCUUACAGCUAACAUCAUGAAAUUAGAAAAGAUACAGAACAACUUGCAGAAGUUGCUUGAGAAUGGUGACUGACUGAUCAGAUUGCCUGGGCCAACAUAAUACCUCGUGCUUCCCUUUGAAGAAGGUGCUCCCAGAGGCGUUGUAGUGGAGCGCUCCCUGCUGGCCAGAGGAGCAAACAGACGGGCAUCCCCAGCCGUGUUUGCACUUGGAGGUCUCCAGCUCAGGAAAAAGGGGAGGGGGAAUAAUUUUGGUUCCUGUGCAAUAAAAGUUGACCUUGACUCUCUGAGGAAGUUUUUAGUGCUGCUGCCUGAAGAAGACAGACCCAUCUCAGGAGGUCUCAAGAAAGACCUGGUGGACACUCUAUUGGUUGACUGUGGUUCAGUGGUUAUUGUGACUGUGUCAGCAAACACACUCCACUUGAAGCCUUUUCAGUCCUUCCCACCCUCCAUUUCUCUCCUUUACACCCCAGCCUUCAAACUAAGGGAUAUAUCAUGUGCCAGCAAACCCGAUAUGACCCUUUAAAGAAUUAGAAAUGAGUCUCCAAAAGGCAAUAAAUAGCUCUCAUGAGCACACUUUCUUCAAAGAAGUAACACCAGCAUUUUGUCUUUUUUUUCCCUUCUGCUCUUAUGUUCUGGUUUAAAUCAUCUGUGUAUCUUAACUUCUCAACUGAGUAUUGACAAGAAUAUUGGGCAAAGCAGAUUAAACGAUCCCGUUUGUGUUGUGUUUUGUUUCUCUAAUAUAAUACUUAACUUGACCACCCAGGUCAAGAAUCUGUGAGACAUGGGACUAAAGUACUAAAUAAACUUACUUUGAAACCAAAACUAAUCUUUAAACCAAAAAGUAUAAUAGCGAUUUGAUACGGGAUUAAAAACACCAACUUUUUAAGUUUAUAGGUGGACUAUGUUCGUUCUGAAAUGGGAUGUCUAUAUUGAAUGCUGAAACCCAUUUCAGCAUGAUAAUAUACUUUUGCUGACUAAAAUAAAUAACUUGUGGUUUGCUAAUUUCUAUUUACAUAUGGGUUGCCUGGUUUUUAUUAAUAAUUAUUUAGGUACUGUAAGAUCUGUAAUAAAAAGAUAUUCUGUUUCUAUCUAUAAUGCAUUUUUAUAAUCAUUUCUAUGAAAUGUAUUUUGUUUAAUCAAAUAAGCUAAUAAGUGAAUUCUUACAUCAUUUAUAUUUGUUAGCCUACUGGACAAGAAUUGUGCCUGGUGCACCCCUGGCUUUUAAUAAAUAAUCAUUGGUUAAAAUGCCCUGCUAA